AGCAAGGAACAAAAUGCGACAGACUGGACUGUCCACAUACCUGACAGCGAGCACAAUCGCUUUCUGAUCAACACUCGCUGGGACAAGACAGAGCUUGGCCCCAUCAAAUCGUGGCCUCUUGUGCUGCAGCUCAUGGUCCUCAAGAUGCUCGGUGACCCUCGACCUGCGAACUUGUACUGGGGAAAUAGUCGCAUCGCCAUCUACAAUGAAGCCUUCGCCAUCAUUGCUCACUCUCGUCACCCCGCCAUGAUGGGCUCGACUGCCGAAGAAGCCAUGCCUGCUACAUGGCCCUUCCUCAAGAUCAUGACCCAACAGGUACAAGAUACAAAAAAGGCUUUCCACAUGCCAGAGUUCGAGAUGGAAGUACACAAAGAGAGCGGUUUCCUCGAGGAAGCUUGGUACGACGGUGUUUUCUCUCCUAUCCUUGACUGCGAUGGGAGUUUUCAAGGUCUGUACAAUUCAGGCUAUGAGAUCACGAACAGCGUUCUCUUGCACCGCUACGGUCGUUUGACCCAUCAAAUCGCUGCUGUUCCUGAUUUUCACAACACGAAUGUCUGGACUCAUAUUGUUGACGGUUGUCGAUCUUUCGAAAGGGAUGUCCCUAUGCUUCUGGCUUAUUCGGCUGACCUGGUACUGUCUCAACGAUCUGAACACUGCACUCUGCGACUGGAAGGCUCCCUCGGCAUCAAGGACGAACAUGAACAGACACUCCGCAACGUUGACCUUGAUAAUUCAGCACAUCCUCUCGCUCCUGCUUUCAGAUCCAGCAAAGCUCUUGGCCAUCCUAUCGUACUUGAUACCUCGAACCAUGCCUUGACACAAUUUCGGCAGGAAGUCGAGUGGCGAGGCUGGCCUGAAUCAUCGUCUCUACUCGUUGUCAUGCCUAUCUUCACAAACGGCCUGAUCACUGGCUUCAUGGUCAUGGGCCUCAAUCCUCGAAGACCUUACGAUGAUGAUCUCAAGAAAUUAGUCAACGAUAUCUGGCGAACGGCCACUUCUGUGGUCUCUUCGAGUGUCAAUUUCGACCAAGCGCAAGAGCGAGAGAAAACUCUUAUCAGAAGGCUCACGCAGCGAGAACAAUUCAUUCGUAAAGUUGCAGAGAUAACGAAUGUCGGCAUCUAUUCUUCAUCAGCCUCUAAUAUCCUCACUUAUGCCAAUCCCAAGUAUCACGAAAUCGUUGAUGGCAACUCUGAGACCGGAAACGGACAUGCUUUUGGUCUUGAGACAUUUGUCUUGGAAGAAGAUCAAGAAAAGAUCACAAAUGCCAUUGAGAAAUGCAAAUCAGAGCGAACUAAUAUCAGUAUCAGCGUUCGCCUGAAACGGAAGUGGACGCCGCCUGGUUCGACAACGGAGCAACACUAUUGGGUAUUGAAUUCCAUUGUUCCAGAUAUUGAGGACGACAAGGUGCAAGGUGUUAUCGGGUCGCUGGCUGAUAUCAGACAUACAAUGUGGGCUCUGCAACUGCAAAAAGACUCGACCGACGCCGCUCUUGAAUCCAAGAAACACCUUGAACGAUUCAUCGACAUGACUUCUCAUGAAAUGCGAAAUCCCCUCGGGGCGACCAUGCAGUGUGCCGAUGACAUUCUCCGCCUACUCGGGGAUAAUGAAACCUCACAUACCGCAAGUCCCUCUCGAGAAAUGUUCGAUUCGAUACGAGAAAACGCAAAGACGAUUGCAUUCUGCAGUGCUCACCAGAAGACGAUCGCCGAUGAUAUCCUUGUGGUAUCCAAGCUAAGCUCGUCGCUUCUCUCCCUUGCUUCUGCCGUUUGCCAGCCCGAAAUGGUGGCAAAGCAAGUCGUUCGCAUGUUUCAAGCUGAAGCUGCGAAUGCUGACAUUGACCUCAAUCUGGAAAUUCACAAAUCUUACGCUAUGAAUUGGGCUUUGUGCGACGCUUCGAGGAUCCGACAGGUCUUGAUUAAUCUGGUCAGCAAUUCAAUGAAAUUCACGAAAGGCAGAAACAAACGAUGCAUCAAAGUCAUUAUCGGAUCCAGCAACGUUACGCCUCCAAGUCACAUGUCGCAUCUGCAAUGGCACCCCAAGGAAUCGCCUGUUCCAGUCUUGAAGGACGACAGCAAUAUCUUCUUGACCUUUCAAGUUGAAGACACUGGCAAAGGCCUUACUCCAGAGGAGAUGUCAAGACUUUUUAACAGAUUUACCCAAGCGAAUGCAUCAACAAGUACCACAUAUGGUGGGUCGGGCCUGGGGCUCUAUAUCUCUAUGCAACUAGCAGAACUCCAGGGCGGACGCAUCGGUCUGGCAAGUAAACCCGAUGAAGGAAGUACCUUUGGAUUCUACAUCAAAGUCAAGAAGACGUCAGCCACUGAAGAGGAAGAGAGAAGCAUAAGGAGAAUAUCCGAUACGGUCGAACGUCAAAUUCUCGAGAAGGGGUUGAGACAGCUUGAAAUCCUCUUGGUUGAGGACAACAAAAUUAACGCCAAAGUGCUGAGCAAGCAACUUCGAGCCAAAGGUCACCAAGUCUUUGUUGCGAAUCAUGGCGGCGAAGCGCUCGAUUAUCUGAAGUCGACUCGAUACUGGAAAGGCGGCGAACGACCAGGCAAGAGACUGGAUGUCAUCCUGAUGGAUUGGGAGAUGCCUGUGCUCAAUGGAAUUGACUGCACCAAGCAAAUACGACAGUUUGAGGAGCAGGGCUUGGUCACAGAGCAUCUGCCCAUCAUUGUCACCUCUGCAAAUGCACGACCUGAGCAGAUUGAAGUUGCUGUUGCGGCAGGAGCUGAUGGCUUCCUAUCCAAGCCUUUCACGGUCACUCAAGUCUUCGAGAAGAUACAGCAGAUGGAC